AUGGGUGAUAUGGAAGACUCGAUCAAACUUGAUGAUGACGACCUCCUCAGCACUACAGGGAACAGUGUAGCGGAUAUGGCUGAGUUAUCUUCCAUCGAACAGCAAAUGGAGGAGUUCGAGGAAGAGCAGAGGAAAAUAAAGCAAAUGCAAAGUGACAUUGAGGGCCAAAUGAACCUACCCAGGAGUAGCAAUGGGACUAGUAGUCCUGCAGUUUUGACUCCCGAAGAAAAAGCUGAGGCGGAUUCUCGCUCUGUGUAUAUUGGAAAUGUCGACUACAGUGUAACUGCUGAAGAACUCGAGAAACACUUCCACGGUUGCGGAUCAGUGGCACGUGUAACUAUUCUCUGUGACAAAUAUACGGGGCAUCCCAAGGGGUUUGCGUAUGCAGAGUUCGCCGAUAAAGAAGGAAUGCAAAUGGCACUGGCAAUGUCGGACAGUCUUCUCAAAGGACGGCAGAUAAAGGUAAUGGAAAAACGUACAAAUCGUCCCGGUAUUUCAACUACGAAUCGUCCGCCUCGUGGACGCGGUUAUCGUGGACGAGGAGGUUUUGCAGGAGCUCCUCCUGGUUACAUUAUCAAGUAUGUUCCGGUGGGCGGAUAUCGUCCUCGCGGAGCGCGUGGUCUUCGUCGUCCUCGUGGAUUUCUUCCUUACACGUGA